CUCAUGAUGAUUAUGGUGAAAGAGUUAAAAAAAAUAACAAAUAAUCGAAAAAAAAAGUAGGCGGAGUUAUACUGAGCCAUUACCCAAACCAUCAUAUCUCAGGAACAAAAAUGUUGCCAUAAAUUGCUUACUAAUGACAACCUCUACAUGUGAUGAAUGUUCAGUACCGUACCCAACAAGCAAGCAACACUUACCACCACACUGUGUUCCAAGGGGUAGGUACACUCCUCACUCCUCUGGCUGCCUCCACCGCGUGUCAACAAGUACAACAACACCGCCACCGUCCCCAUGCCAAGACUGCCGCCACGCCAACGGCCAACACGGAGUGACCUCCUGGGUGGCUGCACAAAUACCACUCAGGCUUUCAAGACUCUCAACCUCACCAGGACUGUUCUACAGAAAACAAAUUAGCUCCACCACAUAUAGCCUGAACACAUCACUACCGCAUAGUGCAUCUUUGGCGCACUAGAGGUUGUGACACACAGCCUGCACGGCCCCAACAAAUCCCCAA